AGCAUUAGUGUGUUGUUUCCCCAGCUGCAGCAUCUCUCCGGCUCCCCGGCACCAUGACGUUCAGGAGGCUGAAGAAGGUGAACUCCAGCGGGCAUGGCUCUCAGGAAAGUGACAUAUAUUUCCUGUCCACUAAGUCGGACAGCUGCAGGACUCAGGAGACAAACUGCUCCGAGGUGUACAACUACAAGUCUCUGAGCAAGAGCCUGGCGUACUCCGGAGGAACUCUGCCCCGGAGCUUCAAGAAGGGCGGUGGGCUGCAGAAGUGGAAACCAUUAACUCUGACUCCUGAACCACAGAGGAAGGUGGUGGUGCUGGAGAAGAAGGAGGAGGAGGCGUUUGGCUUUGAAAUCCAGACGUACGGGCUGCACCAUGAGGACCAGAACUCGGUGGAGAUGUGCACGUUUGUGUGCAAAGUGCACGAGGACAGCCCGGCGCUGGAGGCGGGACUUAAAGUCGGGGACACCAUCUCCAGUGUGAACGAGGAGACGGUGGAGGGAUUUCGGCACAAAGAGAUCGUGCAGCUCAUCAGAGCCUGUGGAAACACACUCAGGCUGGAGACGGUUUACAGCGACUCCAUCCGGAAAGCGGAGAUGGAGGCUCGGCUGCAGUAUCUGAAGCAAACACUUCACGAGAAAUGGGACGAGUAUCGCUCUCUGAUGGUGCAGGAGCAGAGGCUGGUGCACGGCAUCGUCCUGAGUGACGCGGCGGUGUACGAGUCCCUGGAGUCAGCGGGGGUGUACGGCAGCGUGGGGACCCCAAGUCCUGCGGAGAACCUCUCGCUCCGCUGCAGCUCCGGCUCCACCAGCAGCAUCCAGAGCGCCAACACCACAGAGGAGGAGCCGCUGUACACCCGCCUACAGAGGCCCGAGCACCCCCCCCCCCCCACAGACAGGAAGCUGAGGGUCCGCCCCGUCAGCGAGCUCUUCUCCAGCACCAAGACCAACCUCACCCGCAGCGCUAGCACCCGCAGCUACCUGAGGGGGGGGGGCGGCGGCAACACAGCGGGGGAGAAGCAGGGAGGGUUCACCCAGAGGAAACCCAAACAGAAGAGCUUCCGCAGGAGACUCCUGAAGUUCAUCCCGGGUCUGAACCGGCCCCUGGAGGAGGAGGAGAGCAAGCUGUGACCCCCACUGGCCCCUCUCCUACACCACGUGGUGCAGCAGGGAGAAUCAUGACUCAAUCCUGUCCGUCUGAGCCCCCUGACACUGAACCAAAGAGAGGAGACUGCAGCUGUACAUACUUGUCACUUUCCAGAAGAAUAAGGCGUUGCAUCUUGGGUUUCCAGAUCGUUCUACACCAUAAGGAUGCAGCAGGGAGAAGCCUCACAAAGCGUUGCAUCAUGGGACAUGUGUGCAGCAGGGAGAAGCCUCACAAAGAGUUGCAUCAUGGGACAUGUGUGCAGCAGGGAGGGAGGACAAAGCGUUGCAUCAUGGGACAUGUGUGGAUGGUGUUGUGGACUGAAGUCUGUCUUUCUGCGUCCCCUGACCCAAAGAGAGGAGAGACCAAAGACUGCAGCUGUACAUAGCGUUUCGUUCUUUAAGUUAUUUAAUUUAUUGUCUUUGUCAUGUACAGAUUUUUUUUUUACUGCAUGCCCCGUCUUUCAUUGUGAGCAGAUUCUACGUUUUUCUAAGAUUUGAAAUCGUCUUCAGACUUCAUUUUUUUUCAGUCAUCGUUUCCUGAAAAUAAAAAUAUGUGUCAUUUCCAGAA